AUGGCGGAAAUUAGCGCCAGCCAUGUUAAUAUUCAAAAGCCUCACGCCAUCUUCAUCCCCUACCCACUACAAGGCCACAUGAUCCCGUCCGUCCAUCUGGCAAUCAAGUGCGCCUCCCAAUGCUUCACCAUCACCUUCAUCAGCACCCACUCCAUCCACCACCACACCGCCAAGUCCCAACCCCACGCCGGCGACGAUUUCUUCGCCCACACCGGGCUUGACAUACGCUACCGCGCCAUCUCCGAUGGCCUCCCCGUCGAGUUCGACCGAUCGCUCAACCACGACCAGUUCAUGGCUGCUCUGCUGCAUGUGUUCUCCGCUCACGUGGAAGAGGCUGUCGAGAACAUCGUUAGGUCUUCGGAGCAGCCGCCAGUUAGUUGUCUGAUUGCGGAUACGUUUUUCGUUUGGCCUUCCAAGAUUGCUAAGAAGUUUGGUUUGCUUUAUGUUUCUUACUGGACUGAACCGGCUUUGGUUUUUACACUUUAUUAUCAUCUGGAUCUUCUUAGGAGGAACGGCCCUUUUGCUUGUCACAGUGUUCGUGAGGACGCAAUAGAUUACAUACCCGGUGUUAAGGCCAUGGAGCCCAAGGACAUGAUGUCGUAUCUUCAAGAAUGUGACACAACAUCAGUGUGCCACCAAAUAAUCUUCAACGCCUUCAAGGACGCUAGAGGUGCACAUUUUGUUCUAUGCAACACUGUUCAAGAGCUUGAACCCGAUACCGUACUAGCCCUACAGGCCAAGAUGCCAUUCUAUGCCAUUGGACCCAUUUUCCCCACUGGCUUCACCAAGAGCACCGUCGCCACGAGCCUGUGGUCCGAGUCCGACUGCACCGGAUGGCUCAAUGCUAAGCCACAUGGUUCGAUGUUAUACGUCUCAUUUGGUAGUUAUGCCCAUCUUACAAAAAAAGACCUUUCGGAGAUAGCAAAUGGCCUUUUGCUUAGCAAUGUGAAUUUUGUUUGGGUGCUUCGGCCAGACAUUGUCAGCUCGGACGAUGUUGAUCCACUGCCCGUUGGAUGAGAGGAGGUUCGUGACCGUUCGAUGAUCAUACCUUGGUGCUGCCAGAUCGCCGUGUUGACCCACCCGGCAAUAGGAGGUUUCUUGCCUCAUUGUGGAUGGAAUUCGAUAUUAGAAAGCAUUUGGUGCCAAGUCCCACUGUUAUGUUUCCCCUUACUCACCGAUCAGUUCACUAAUAGGAAAUUAGUUGUCAAUGAUUGAAUCAAUUUAAAGAACCAAGGGUUAGUCACUAGGAAUGAAGUUUCGGAAAAUAUUAACCGUUUGAUAUGUGGAAAAUCAGGACUUGAUUAUAGGAAAGCAAUACAGGAAGUGAAGUUAAUUUUGGAUAAUGCACUGGGGUCCAAUGGAUCAUCGGAGAAAAAUAUGGACCAGUUCAUCAAUGACCUGAAGACCAGGAUUCAAGUUCCUCUUCCUCUUGCAAUUGACCACAGGGCAUUACGUUCAAAAUUAUCCAAUUUUGACAGCAUAAAGGCACUCGGUAACAUGUGCUCUGCUGUUGGAGCCGUGCAUUUAUAUCGCAUUGCAAUGACAUUCAAGUAUGACGUAGAUGUGAAGCUUUCUCCCCAGCCGAUUUGUGACCAUUUUAGUCGGGAGGAGAACAGAAACGUUUCAUCGGAAUCCUAA